UUAAGUAACUGAGAGUGGCGCAGAACCCUCCUGUCUUCAGCGCACGAGGCGCAGCACGGCGGUUGCUCCGCAGCCUGCGCCUGAAGUCCGUUUCCACGGCAACGCGGACAGAAGUUCCAAACAGGAGUCUCCGCUAACGCUCCGUCCGGCAACUGAAAAUGUUUUCAGAAAGCGUGUCAGAUGACGUGAUUACCGAUCAGUCACCGGCAUCACCCGGCAAGUAUAACAUUAACGAAGAGCAAUCAGGGUAUCAGGUGAUAAAUGGCCAGAUCUCCCAGAUUCCAGGACUGUCCCAAACCAUCGGGGCCCUUCCUAACGAGAGGGCCCAGGGCCGCAGGGCCGGAGUCCUGGAAAGUGACUCGGACUAUGUCAAGCUUGCAAAACAAGGAGGGCAUAAGGGACUUUUAUGUCACGAGGAAACAUUUACCUCUAAACCUCAACGAUACCGACCUCCAGACUGGUUCUGCACUGAAUCAGGAGACAACGACAAACCGCGUCUAAUUAACAGUGAGGAGAAGAAAACCCCUGGAGCUUUUCAACCAGCGGAGCCCCCUUUUGGGACUGACAACAUGUCAACCUGGGAGAGGGACGACACCAGCAGCAAUGACAAGGAGAAGAACAACAACGUUCAUCCCAGUCAAAGGGAGAAACUGCAGUCAGCCGCACGAUAUCAUGAGAAAAACAAAUACAAGAGGAUAUUACAUGACAAGAAUCCGGCUCCUGUCAACAUGUCCAAGCUGUUGAGUUUCGGUUAUGCUGAAGACGACAAACCAGCAGCCAACAUUGACCUUUCAAAUUAGAAGACUGCCAGUGCCGUGGGAAAAAAAGAUGUAAAAACCCCAAUGCUUCCAGCAGGAAUAGGUUGCCAUUCCUCCUCCAUUUCUGAAUUUCUUAAACCUCUCAUGAAGAGCAACAGCAAAUGUUUUUAAUUAGUUUCGAGUGAUCUGUCAUUUUAGAUGUAUUACUCAAGUGUUCGAGUCCUUCAGUGAAUUAAAGCUAAAGAGCCUUUUAUUUAUUUUAGUAGUGCCUCCUUAACUGCAAUCUUUAGGUGGAGAAGGCGCCAGCAAGUUUUAGUUUUUUUCUGUAACUGUAUCGCUGUGAAGGGCCACUUUAAGGAAUAUAAGUUUGAUUAUUUCAAUAAAAUAUAAAGUGAUUUUAAA